GUUUAUUAUCAAUUAUAUUUCUUCAUCUCUUCUUUCAAAGUCGUCAAACUCUCCAUUCUCACCAUCCUUCAGAGCCAUCGUUUUUGUGAACUGAGGAUCGAUUUCCAAUCUAAUGUUUGUGUGAAUUUCCAUUGACGUUCAAGCUAGAAUAUUUAAGUCUUCUUCAAUGAUGGAAUGAUAUUAUCUGGUGUUUGUGUGAAUUUUCACUAACGUUCAAGCUUGAAUAUUUUAGUCUUCUUCAAAGAUGGAAUGAUAUUGUAUACGGUGUUGAAAUUGUGUCUAAAUAUCAGUGUUGAUCUUCUUUUGGAGAUUUGGUCCCCAACAUUCAGGUUUUGGAGGAGCAUUCAGGUUUUUGGCUUCAAGAAUACCGGUGAACAAGGAAGCAAUGUCUUGUGAAUUUUUUUACGCAGAAGGACUCUAACAAUUGGUUGACCAAAGUAUGGAAUACCCUUAUUAUUCUAAGGGAGGAGGAAUUGGGUAUUGGCAGUCUCCUGGAACUCAGUUCGAAGGGCCAACAUCAUUAGAUGGUGGAAUCAACAAUUUGGUGUCAGAAGAUAUGCCUAACAGCUUCUCCGAGCUCAUGAACUUUGAUACUUAUGCUGGUUUGUGUUCUGGCCCAUCCACGACCGAUCAGAUUAUGACUAAUGAGCUUCCAUCUCUUGCCUCAGCAUUGUAUCAAUUGCCUGAUGGAUUCAAUCCAGUCGAACCGAACAGUGGACAAUUCUAUGGUGGAAAUUACAAUAAUUUCGAAAGCUCCCCUAUUUUUGGGGAGAAAAUUGUGUGUCAGCAAAUGGAUACCCUACUUGGUUUCUUAGACAAUAGCAAUGAUGCAAAUAACUCAAGUUCUAGGCAAAAAUUUGACGACCCUUCGCAACAUGUCAACGCCUUUGAUAUGGGCAAUUACGUUAUUGCCAGGCCACAAGCUUUAAUCUCCAGGCCACCUGCUUUGUCACUUGAUGAGAGAAUGCUGAAAGCCUUGUCCUUCUUUAAAGAAUCAGCUGGUGGGGGAAUAUUGGCACAAGUUUGGGUACCCAUAAAGCAUGAUGGUCAAGUACUCUUAAGCACCAGCGAGCAACCUUAUUUACUAGAUCAAAUGCUUGCAGGGUAUCGUGAAGUUUCAAGGACAUUUAGAUUUUCUACAGAAGGGAAACCAGGUUGUAUACCGGGUCUUCCUGGCCGUGUGUUUAUCUCCAAAGUUCCUGAGUGGACUUCCAAUGUUGGUUAUUACAAUCCAAAGGAGUACUUGAGGGCUGAGCAUGCAAGAAAUCACGAGGUUCGUGGAUCGAUUGCUUUUCCCAUAUUUGAUCUGCACUCUGGACUGCCAUGUUCUGCUGUCUUGGAACUUGUCACUACAAAGGAAAAGCUUGAUUUUGACAGAGAGUUGGAAAUAAUUUGUCGGUCACUUCAGCUUGUAAAUUUAAGGACUACUGCGUCUUCUCGGCUGCUUCCUGAGUGUCUUUCGACCAAUAAAAGAGCUGCUUUAACAGAGAUAGUAGAUGUGUUACGAUCUGUGUGUUAUGCACAUAGAUUGCCAUUGGCACUAACAUGGAUUCCCUGUUUUUAUACUGACGGCACAAGAGACGAAACUACUAGAAUACAAAUUAAAGAGGGUAAUUCAAGUUCUAGAGAAAAAAACAUACUGUGUAUUGAAGAAUCAGCUUGCUAUAUAACUGAUAGAGUGAUGGAAGGAUUUGUGCAUGCAUGCAUUGAACAUCCUCUUGAGGAAGGGAAUGGUGUAGCUGGGAAAGCACUUCAAUCAAACCAUCCUUUCUUCUAUUCUGACGUGAAAACAUAUGAUAUUAGCGAGUAUCCGCUUGUUCAUCAUGCACGCAAGUUCAAUUUGGGUGCUGCAGUUGCAAUCAGGCUAAGGAGUAUUUAUACCAAUAAUGAUGAUUACAUAUUGGAAUUCUUUCUUCCUAUCAAUAUGAAAGGGAGUUCAGAACAGCAACUCUUAUUAGACAACCUCUCAGGUACCAUGCAGAAAAUUUGUAAGAGUUUGAGGACAGUUUCAGGCGCUGAAAUAUCAGGAAUGGAAAGCUCAGUGGUGGGGUUUGGAAAGAAAAAUGUCCCAAGUUUCCCCUCCACAUCUACGAGGAACUCUCAGGUAUCAUUAAUAAAUGAAAAGGAUGGUUCUGUUCAGAAGCUAUCAUUGGAUACUUCUAACCUGAGAAACAAUGGAAACAAGCCUUCUUGUAAUCAGGAAAAUAAUGGAUCGAGAAGGCGAGUUGAGAAAAAAAGAAACACAUCAGAGAAGAAUGUUAGCUUGAGUGUUCUUCAGCAAUACUUUUCUGGUAGUCUGAAGGAUGCUGCAAAAAGCAUUGGUGUUUGCCCGACAACUCUGAAAAGGAUAUGCAGGCAUCACGGAAUUUCAAGAUGGCCAUCCCGCAAGAUUAAUAAAGUGAAUCGUUCUUUGAAGAAAAUUCAGACUGUGCUGGACUCUGUUCAGGGAGUUGAAGGCGGGUUGAAGUUUGAUCCUUCCUCGGGAGCAUUUGUGGCAGGAGGGACAACCACAGAAGAAAUCAAUGAAAAUAAAAGUCUCCUUUUCCCUGAGAGAAGUACUACACAAGACUCUGAGCCUAUGUCACAAAAUGCUGUAUCGGUUCCUAGUGAAGAUGAGAAUUUGGAAAAUAAGUGGGAGGGAAAAUUGAAGGAAACCAAUACUUGUUCGAUCGAUUGCAGUGAAGAUUCAAAAUCAUUUGCAAUGGAUGAUUGUCCUGAACAAGCUUAUAUUGGUUCCGUUCUUGCAAAAUGUGAUGAAUGGGUUCUAAACAAUGGCGGUUUGAGAGAAGAAAAACGUAAACAUAGUACUAUUGGCCAGAGGACAAGUUCCUUUGCUGUUGAUGAGAUGGACACUGGUGCGGAUGGGGAUGAUGAUGAUGUUGUUGAACACAACCAUCCUACUUCUUCAAGCUUGACAGAUUCGUCUAAUGGCUCUGGUUCAAUGAUACAUGGCAGUUCAUCAGGUUAUCAGAACUUUAAGAACCAGAAGCCGUCCAAAGGCAAAUCAACCAUAGUUGAUAGCGGGUCUAAAAUCGUUGUGAAAGCUACCUAUGGAGAAGACACCAUUCGUUUCAAGUUUGAUCCAUCCACAGGUUAUUAUAAACUAUAUGAAGAAGUUGCAGCAAGAUUCAAACUACAAGACGGAUCAUUCCAGCUCAAAUAUCUAGAUGAUGAAGAAGAAUGGGUGAUGUUAGUGAACGACUCAGAUUUGCAAGUGUGUUUGGAAAUAUUGAAUGACAUGGGGACACAUAAUGCCAGGUUUCUUGUUCGCGAUAUUCCUUGUACUUUUGGCAGCUCUGGCAGUAGCAGUUGCUACUUGGGAGGCAGCUCAUAGUAUAAAAAUUCUAGUUUUUGCUUAGACAAGAUUUUGAUGGUAUAUUCACAAUCUUAUGGGGGUUCUGCAUACUUGCAUGUUGAAUAUAUUAGCGAGCCUCGACACAAUGAUAAGGUUGUUGUUCAAAUUUUGAGGUAAGGCUGUGCACAUUUACUUUCUCCAAGUCCAAACUCCACAGCUUUGUUCACAGAUUUUCCCUUAUAGUUCUGUAUAUCUUGAUCACACAUAGCAGCAGUAGCAUAGAAAUUUGUUGUAGUAGUAGUGGUGGCUCAGCAGUGCUGUAAUGUAAUGUCAGUUUGUUGUAUAUAUUUCCCAAGAGAUGUUAUAAUUAAAAUUAUGAUGACAAUAAAUAUAGAAAAGAAAAGUGUACAAAGUGGUUGUAUGAAUAAGAGAUGUGAAUACAAGUCAAGUAGUGACAACUUUAACGAUUA